AUGUUUGGCCACAAGAAAUCUAAAAGGCCGCAGCAAUCUCCCUCGCAACCGACAAACCAAUUCGCUCUCGCUGCUGCCCGCGCAAUCGUCCCUCCCAGAUCCCAAACUCCGACCUUAUCUGCCGCCGCCGCCGCUGCUGCCCUCCAUGCCUCGCCGAAACAAGUCACAUCUCCUGCAUCCCUCGUCACCCGUCGAAUGGAACGACGAGGGAGUAUUAGCAGUAUAACAAGUGCCCCUCCCGGUUUCGCUUCGCCGAUAAGUGGUGUCGGAAGGAGAGGUAGCGAUGCUAGUAUGACCGAGAGGAUAGGGUGGUUAAGAGGUACCGACGAACAUGGAACUGGCAGCGGCAGUCGGCCCGGUAGCAGACAGAGACCGAUCAGUAGAGAAGUAGUAGCGUCGCCGACAAAGGGAGUAGGGAAACGAGUGUCAAUUGAAGACCACAGAUCAUCCGCGACGACAACGACGAAACCGAAGACUCUAGGUCAAUUGGAAUCGAAACAUGUACCGAAAACCGGGAAGGUGGCACCAAAGUCCGUGGUUAAGGGCGGGAAUAAGACUAAGGCUGCUAGGGAACCGGUGGAAGAGGAGUCAAUCAGAGAAGUCAAGAAUACUUCAAAACCCCGUAAGGCAAACUCGAAACCAAAACCCUCUCCGGAACCGACGCAUGCAGCCGCUGUAGUUGCAGCAGUAGCAGUCGCCUCAGCUGGAUCUAGGAAAUCGCAACCAAAGGCGAAGCCGAAGUCGAAGCCGAAGCCGAAGCCAGUCGAACCGGUAUACUCGAGCGAAUCCGAAGAAGAAUCCGAAGAAGAACUUCCUGCCCAGACAUAUUCAGAUUCAGAAUCCGAUGACGAAGAGGAACAAUUUGAAGAACCACCACCUCCACCACCUCCACCAUCCACCAACCUCAAAAAAUCACUCCGAAACAAAAAAGCCGAACCUAUUGAUGAUGGCGUCAUACGCCUUAAGAAGUCGCUACGAAGUGGACCCGUCGAGACUACCGCCAAAGCACCAGCCAAGAAGAAGAAUGUCCACGCUCAAACACACUCCGAUACUCAAGGCGGUAUGCUAUCCAGAGGCACGAUGAGAACUACGGUCCGGGAAGACAUGGAACCAAUCAUCGAUGAAGCAAGGGAACGACAACGACUCGCUUCAAAGGCUGCUAAGGCCUCUGCGUUACAGGACUCUGCUCACGCACUGAGACGGCAGGAGGAGCCACCACACGCCGCCACAGGACCAUCGGAUGCCGUGAAAGCAUUGGCACUACAGAUCAUGCGAGAACAACAGGCCAAAAAUGCUGGAAAGCCGGUUGUACUCGAGAGCUCCCGAGCUAAGAAACGGGCGGCAGCGGCUGCUGUCCAGGAUUCGGACUCUGAUUCAGAUCUAGAGCCGGAGCCAGAACAGGAACCCGACACUCACAUCGAUGAGGACGAAGCAUUUGCUGCGGAACAACAAGAGGAAUCACGUCUUACAGAGGAAGAGGACAGGCAGGUUUACAAGCGACAUCAGUAUAACGGUUCAGUGAGCUCAGUUACUAGCUUUAUGAGUGACCUGGAAAGUAUACCUGAAGAAGCUGGAGACCAAGGUCUGAAAGACGGGAAAAAGAAGAAGAAGAAGAGGCCAGCGCCCGAGAGUGUGAUAAUUCCCGGCAGAGAUGGUGUUCCUGCGCUACCUAGUAGCCCGAUAUUGGAGAAGGAGAGGAUGCGAAUAGCCCUAGUUGCCUCGCCCGAGCCACCCAAAAGUCAUUCAGUUGAACGGAAGAGGACUUUAGAGAAACUUACCGGGGCAACGGCGGCACCAGCUUCAAUAACGACAGAUGAUAUCGCAGUAGAAGACCCGAAAGGAUCGCCUCCCUCCUCGGCAACCUUAACUGAAGAAGUCACACAACCUGUUGUCAUCCAUACAAUCCCCCCGACGCCCCCGUAUACUAUUGAUAAACUACACCCACCACCCCGUCUGUUUGAUGCCGGAUCCAGCGAUGAGGAUGUCAAACCCGCGAUAAAGACCAAUGGAACGGCAUUGAAGCCUAAGACAAAAUCAUCCCCUCCACCAAGGGAAACGCACUCUCCCCGACCCAUGAAACGACAUUCACCGCCACCACGAAGCGUUAGUCCCGCCAAGUCGGCUAUGAAGCAUACGCAACAUCACGAGGGUAGCGACCGAUCGUCGAUCUUGUCCGCCGAAGAUGGUUCUGUUGGAGGACAUAAUAGACGGAAGGCUGCCAGAGUCAGCUUUUCGGAAGACCCUAGUGUUGUUGAGAUGGAUGAUGAUUCCUAUCAUUACAAGCCUAUCCACAGUGCGUUGGACACAGUUACCGAAAAGAAAACUGUGACUAAGUCUAUUGGAGCGGUAUCAUUCAGUAGCGUGAGUCGAACGAGAGUGGAGAGGACGCCAUCGCCCGAACCAAGCUCUUUGGUUGCCGCCCAGGCUGCAGCGCCGAUUGAGCAUUCGUCAGACCACAGAUUGGGAGGAUUAAUCGGAGCUGGCUUGCUUGGGAAGUUUACCAAAGGGAAGGGAAAGAAAGAAUCCGGAAGGCAUUCUCCGGUGCCCCAGAAAAUGGGAGGCCAUGACCCGCUUGCCCCCGAAGUUAGAAGCAUGAGCCCUGCGCCCUCAAUCAGUGAUGAUGACCUGGAAAGCGAAAAUGAGACCCUAGCGACAGUAGAAUUUGCUAAGGCGAUGCCGAUUGUCGCUGCUGUCGCUACUCCUCCGUUGGCUAUGUCUACGCCUCCUCCAACGAGUACUUCUCCGGCACCAUUUGCUGUGAAGCCACCUACACCAGAACAGCCCAAGGAGGCCCAGAUAUCUGCUGGCCAUACACCCCCUGUAGUCGAGGUGAAACCAAUAUUCCCACCGCCGGCAUCAGAUCCAUCGACUACGCUCUCUGAGAACAUUGCGCAUGGUCGCCCGGUAGUCUUUAAGGAUGACUCUGGAGAGGACGAAGACCACUUCUCGGAUGCUUAUGAGGAUCUGGACCAUGUCGUACUUUCCGCAACCGGGUCCGGAGCGGUAAUCGGGGUUACAGCUGCUCAUGUUCACAGUCCGGGCAUCGCAAUUACGACCGAAGGACAGUCGGCGGUAGUGGAUACUGUAGUGCUACCGAGUAUCUCUGAGGUUGCAGACCAACCGGUAGAUGUCGCUACGCCGCCUAGGAGCCUGCCACCGCAGAUUGUUGGCAGGUUGUUACCAGAGGAGAUCAUUACUGAUGAGAGAGAGCACGCUCAUACGAUUCUGUCACCGAAGCCAAUCAAGCCGGUAUCGCCGAAGGUUAUCAGUGCUGGGCUUACAUCUUCCCCGUCUCCUCCAAUCGUGUAUACGCCACCCCCUGUUGUUAAGGCUAAGGCCACGAAUGGUGUUCCGAAGUCAAUGGGUACUAAGGCUACCAAAGCUACUAAGGCUACCAAACCGAGGAGUGACCUUGACGAAUCUCAGCAUGCGCCGAAGCCGAAGAAAGUCAAGGCAACCGCAGCUCCGGCGCCAGCCCCAGUACCUAUGCCGAUCCCGGCCCCCGCGCCUACCGCCAGUAGAAGACUCUCGAAGUCUAAACCUUCGCCAGUGCCGGCUCCAGUAGCAGUUCCUCAAAGACGUCUCUCAGUUUCAUCUGAUGAUUCUGAAUCCUCUUUCCAACGCGAAAAUCCUCACCGAAGGGCAGCCCGUCGCUCACAGGGAUUUUCAAUGCGGACAUCAAUGCGUGAUUCCACUGGACGUGUACCCCCAUCCUCCGCCACCUCACCACACGAAUCCGGCCUUGUGACAAGCAGGUUGGCCGAUACCACUGCCUCCCCGCGAUUCGAAAGCGGGUUUAGAACCGGAAGAUCAAUCGGAACCGGUGGGCCACGAAGGCGAGAGUACUCUCCUGAUAGUUCGGACGAUGACAGAAUUAGGUCUCUCCGAGCUCCAGCAAAGGUAGAAAAGAAGAGUAGGUUUUUGGGCAAUUCAACAUUGAGGAAUGGGAGCUCGGGGCCACCAGCUGGAAGGCCGCACUCAAGCUUAGGUUUUGCACCGAAAGGAAGCUCGAACACCGGACGAAGUGGGUUCAGGGGGUUCAGGAGUCGGUUUGAGGACUCUUCUGAUGAUGAGGAUAUUCAAAUUGCCACAGCCCCCCGAGCAAGGCCCGCCACCACCUACAGGCCUUUAACCCCAGAUUCUUCGGACGACGAACUACCUGUUGUACAGACAAACGGAAACAAGGUUCAACAAAACGGAUUGAAGGACUCGGCAUGGGCUCCUGCAACUGCAAAUGGGGAUAAUUACGCUUUUGCCACCGAUAUUUCCGCGGAUAUUGCGCCGAAGAAGAAAUGGUGGAAUUUUGGAUCGAAGCGGAAGUCAGGAACCGGCUCGAGGCCUGUUAGUAGGGCCAACUCGAUGAUGUCCGCUGCUCCUGCCCCACUUAUCACAAACCUACCGCCACCACCAGCACUCGACAGACGUAUCUCCGACCCCGAUCACUUUUCAUCGCCGAUGAGUACCUCCGCCGCACAGCAGAGGAACCAGCAGCUUAAGAAGUAUAGAAGGCUUAGCGGUGGAAGUGUCAAUAGUAUUGGCAGCGCGAAGACGUGGACGCCGAGUUUAGGAACAUCGACCCUAGUUGGUAGUCCCAGCGGGGUUAGCAGUGGCAACCGAAACUUGACGCAUGGGCGGUUGGCGGAGCUACAAGAAGAGGAUGAAGAGGAGCACGUCCUCAACAACGAUCCUAUCGAUAAUGGUGCUACCAACGGAAAAGCGCAAGUUGUGGAGCCUAAUGGUGGGGUUUACGGAGCCCCUAAGGCUGUCAAGAAGAAGAAGUUUAGAGGAUUGAGGAAGAUAUUUGGGAUUGACGAUUAA